CCCUUGUUUUCCUUUCUUUCUUUCUGUCUUCCUUUCUCUUUUCUCUCUCUCUCUCUCUCUGCAACUCUCUCUCCCUCUCUCUCUAGCUUCUCUCUUUGUUGUUGAUGUGAUUCUCCACUAUUAUCUCCAAAAACCCAUCAACCUUUACAAAAGAUAGAAAGAAAGGCCACCACAAGAGAGAGCCAUGGUUUUUUCCUCCAUUCCAGCUUAUCUUGAUCCAUCCAACUGGCAACAGCAACCAAAUCAUCAUCACUUAACAGGAAGCACCAGCAACAACAGCAACAUAAACAACAGCAACAACAAUUCUCACCUCCUUCCACCUCCGCCACCACCUUCAAACCCUCAUGGUGGCGGCAGUGGCCCAGGUGGUGUGGGCUCGAUCAGGCCAGGCUCCAUGGCAGAUCGAGCCCGCAUGGCCAACAUCCCGCUCCCGGAACCGGCACUAAAAUGCCCCAGGUGCGAUUCCACCAACACCAAAUUCUGCUACUUCAACAACUACAGUCUCUCCCAGCCCCGCCACUUCUGCAAGACCUGCCGAAGGUACUGGACACGCGGCGGCGCGCUGAGAAACGUUCCCGUGGGAGGCGGCUGCAGGAGGAACAAAAGAAGCAAAGGAAGCAGCAGCAGCGCCUCCAAGUCCCCGGUCAGCAGCUCGGACCGGCCAACCGGUUCCCCCGGUUCAUCAGGUCAAGCAAAUAUUGGCUUAAACAACACCGCAAGCACAGCAGAUAAUAAUACUAUGAUGAGCCCACAAAUCCCACCGCUGCGUUUCAUGUCGCCUUUUGCCACCGACAUGGCCUUAAAUUAUGGCAUGAACGUUAACAAUUAUGGUGGCGGCGGGGGAGUAGGAGACUUGACCAGUUUUCAUCAGAUGGGGAGCGGCCUAGGGAGUAUCGGUGGGUCGCUCUUUAAUUUCCAGCAGCAAACGCCGUCGUUUCCCUUCUUGACAGCUGGCGGCGGGCUGGACCCUUCGCCGGCAGGUGCGGGGAUGAUGUUCGAGAGCAGUGGAGUUGAGGUGACGGGUUACAAUCAGGUGAGGCACAGAGCACCGUCUGGUCACGGUGUUGCGGGGAUGAACUCUCAGAUGGCUGCGGUCAAGAUGGAACUAGAAAGUCAACAACAUCAUCAAAAUCAAAAUCAAAGUCAAAAUCCGGAGUUAAAUUUGUCUAGGCAGUUGAUGGGGAUGAGCUCGGGAAAUGAUCAGUAUUGGGGUAAUGGAGGUGGAGGCGGUGGCGGCACUAGUAAUACUGCAUGGACUGAUCUUUCUGGUUUUAGCUCUACAACUUCCACACCUAGCAACAAUAUUAAUAAUCCCCUAUAACAAUUCAAUUUCUAUUAUCUUAUGAUCUUUUGUGGUAUAUUGGUCUCAUCAGAUCUAAUAUACUUAGCUGUGAAGCUGGCUUUGGGUUUUAAUUUCUUAGUGUAGCUUCAAUUAAUUCUAUUCUAUAGAAAGUUAACUUGGAAAAGAUACCGAUCCAUUGGAUGAAGCUAUAGAUCUGCCCCGUGAAUGAGAUGAAGGAAGAUUGGGAGAGGUGGCUGAUGGGCUUUGUUCGUCGUGAAUCGUGAUGAAGUAGUGGAAACCCUAGAAAUGGUAGGUUUUUCAUUUUUAGUUUACGUUUUCUUUUUGUUUUUCCAGCUUCAUCUGGGAGCUGAGGGUUUUUUUCUUUUUCUUUUUUGAAUUUAGUUUUAGGAUGGCAAUAUUGUAUGAGCUAGAUAGGAUGUUUGCAAUACUAGUAGUGAGUGUAUGAGUAGUUCAUGGAGUUUUGAAAUCCGAAUUGAACAUGUACUUCAUGGAUUUUCUUUCAUGGAAUUUGAUGUUCUUCUAUA